AUGCCCAGCACGCAAGACCAAUUCCAAGCGGUCGGUUUAGACUUUGAUCAACUGGGCAUGUUUUCCGAUCUCAUAUCCGGUCAAAGCAACUCGGCAGUUGAUUUCCAGCAACAGAUCGACAGCGGCAUGGCAUCGCCAUCGUCAAGCAUUUCGGGCGGCGUGCCUCUGUCCGCUGAAAUCGAGGACAAUCCGGCCAUUCCCCCGGGCUCAGCUGAGGCCGGCGGCGAGCCUGAAGCCACUGUGCCAUCCAAGAUUGGUAGCCGCUUCACAUCUGGCGCCAUCAAAGUUCUGAGGACUUGGUUCGAAAGGCACGAAAAACAUCCCUACCCGACACCGAAAGAUGUCGACAGGCUGCAAAACCAAACAGGCCUGCAGCGACAGCAGAUCACCAACUGGUUUGCCAACACGCGCCGUCGCAAGAAGUUCCGGCCGCAAGAUUCCAACCCGACGGCCGACGCCAAUGCCGUUCGAGAUGAUGAAUCCGAUGCAGAGAUGGGAGCACUCGCCACCGGAGCACGAGCCCGCGCUCGCUUCCGAUAUCAAUCGGGCUGUCGCGGCAUCGACCGGACAAUCGAGUUUUCCGAGCCGCGCACGAUCGCCUGGUAG